AUGACGAUACUGUUGACAGAUUUAAAAAUCCAGCUGGUGUUGGAAGUUAAUGAACUAGACUCCAUGACUGCAGAAUACUUCUAUGAAUUCCUGUCCUUGCGCUCCCUGGAUAAAGGCAUCAUGGCAGAUCCAACUGUCAAUGUCCCUCUGCUGGGAACAGUACCUCACAAAGCUUCAGUUGUUCAAGUUGGUUUUCCAUGUCUUGGGAAACAAGAUGGGGUAGCAGCAUUCGAAGUAAAUGUGAUUGUAAUGAAUUCUGAAGGCAACACCAUCCUCCAGACCCCUCAAAAUGCUAUCUUCUUUAAAACAUGUCAACAAGCGGAGUGCCCAGGAGGGUGUCGGAAUGGAGGCUUUUGUAACGAGAGGCGAGUGUGCGAGUGUCCUGAUGGAUUCUAUGGACCUCACUGUGAGAAAGCUCUUUGCAUACCACGAUGUAUGAAUGGCGGACUUUGUGUCACUCCUGGUUUCUGCAUCUGCCCACCUGGGUUCUAUGGAGUCAAUUGUGAUAAAGCAAACUGCUCAACCACCUGCUUUAAUGGGGGGACCUGUUUCUACCCUGGAAAAUGUAUUUGCCCUCCAGGACUAGAGGGAGAGCAAUGUGAAAUAAGCAAAUGUCCACAGCCCUGUCGAAAUGGAGGUAAAUGCAUAGGUAAAAGCAAAUGUAAGUGCUCCAAAGGUUACCAAGGAGACCUCUGUUCUAAGCCCAUCUGCGAGCCUGGCUGUGGUGCACAUGGAACCUGCCAUGAGCCCAGCAAAUGCCAAUGUGAAGAAGGUUGGCGUGGGAGACACUGCAAUAAAAGGUACGGAGCCAGCCUCAUGCAUGCCCUGAGGCCAGCAGGCGCUGGGCUCUGGCAGCACACGCCUUCACUUAAAAAGGCUGAGGAGCAGCAGAAUCCACCUGAAUCCAAUUACAUCUGGUGA